AUGAUUGUUAAGGCUAAAUGUAAUGUCGCUUCUCACUCCUCUUUAAAAUUAUCUUUCAUGGAAGGAGAUAAUAUUAAAGUAGUCGAUAGAAUGUCAAAUGGAUUAUGGAAAGGAACAUUAAACAAUCAAACAGGGUUAUUUCAUAUCUCAACUGUAACUAUUCCAGUUAUUGAGACAGUCGUCAUGAAUUAUGACUUUUCAACAGGAGACUCUACUUGUAUGAAAACUAAAGCAGGAGAAGUUUUAAAAGUAAUAGAAAAGAAUGUACGUAUCGGAUGGUUAUAUUGUCAAAGAGGAUUUGAAACAGGAUAUAUUCCACAAAAUUUUACUUCAUUAUAUAAAGAAGAAAAUAAAGAAGCUUCUCAUACUAUUCCAGAAAAACCAAAAAUACUUCCUUGUCGUGCAACAGUAAAACAAUUAUAUCAACCACAUUCAGACAAAGAAAUUAAUUUAAUUGCUGGAGAUGAAAUUGAGGUAAUGAGUUGUGAAGGAGGAUGGUGGUAUGGUAGAAGUGGUUGUUCAAUGGGAUAUUUCCCAGGAGAAUAUGUAGAAGUGUCUGGACCAAUAAAUAAAGAAGUAAAACAAGAGGCUGUUGUGUUAUUUGACUAUGUGUCAAAAGGAGAAAGUCAAUUAUCAGCAGAAGUUGGUGAUAUUUUUUAUGUAGAAAAAAUAAUUGGAAGUUGGGCUGUAGUAAUUGUUGAUCAAGAACAAUAUAUAUUUCCAUCAAGUUUUAUUUGCUUAUUAAGCGAGUCUGAUAAAAAAAUUAAACAAGAAACUGCUAUUACAUUGGAUGAUUUUUGUGGAGGUUCUAUGGGCCUUCUUGCUGUUAGACAAAGUGAAUUAUUGAUAGUGUUAUCUAAUGAAGCCAAUGGUAUGUCUAAGUGUUUUAAAGGAGAACAAAGUGGAUUAGUUCCUACAAGUAAUUUAAUGACUAUUAAAGAUGGCCAAGAUUAUGUUAUUGUAGAGAAAACAUUCCAAGCCCGUAAUCAGAAUGAAAUGACUAUUAUUGCAAAUCAAGCUUGGAUUGUAAUGAAAAUAGUUGAUGAAAAUUGGAUAAUUGGUAAAAGAAGUGGUGUUGAAGGAUUUGUACCAAGAAGCUUUGUAAAGAUACAAAAAUUUGUGAAGCCAUACAGAAAGGAGUAUACUGAGGGUAUUACUCACUUCAAAAAUCAAACUGCUGCACGUAAGACUGGAGAUGCUCAAUUACCAGUUGAUCAACCUAAUUUCUUUAAAAAAGAAAAUAAAGCUAGUAAAAAAGGAUUCUUCACGCAAAGAAGAAGAAAAGCAAAGCCAGAAGUUGAUAAUACUAAACAUGUUUAUGAAGAAAAGAAACAAAAUAUUAUGAGAGAGUCUAUGAAUCCAAAGAGAAGUUUCUUCAAAAAAUCAAUAAAGCCUAUGACUAAAGUCAAGUUAAAGAAGUCCAACCUAUUAUUGAAUCUAAUCAACAACCAAAUGAAAUAA